CUCAUUCCCUCCAUCUCCAUACCUACGCAUGUACCUCUCUCUCUUCCGGUCUUCCUCUUUCAAAGGCGUUUCUAUCUCCUGCAUACAGCCAUACACCUUUCUCCUUCUCUCUCUGUACAUCGAUAGAUAGAUUCUACACACCAAAUCCGAAUCACCACCAUUCCAUUUCUCUUUCAUAUUUACAAAUACAUGCUUCCCUUGAUUAAUGGUUGAUUCAAAUGGUGAAUCAACAUAUUCUAUCUCCAAUAGACCAUUGUAAAAACAAAAUCACCGCCAUUUCUCUUUGGCAUCAGAUUGAUUCUUCAUCUUUCUCCCUCAUAUUUACAAAUAUAUGUUACCGUUGAUUAAUUGUUGAUUCGGGAGACUGAAUGAGGAAUCAAGAGAUCGAAGGUUCUGACGAUGACGAUAUGGCGUCGUCGACACGACAAGGAGGUGGGAGCUACGGCCCAGUUGUCGCCCAUGAUAAUGAUCCUGUCGUCCUCGAGAUGUUAUCCAUUGAUCCUGGAUCUUCAUCUUCCUUGAAGAAAGUAAAAACUAGGCAGACAAGCACGGGUGCCAGAGAAGAACCAACACGUAAUGACCGAGGAGGAGAAAAUGGUGGUCGGGGAGAAUCUAAACUGGAAUUAUUUGGAUUUGAUUCUCUUGUAAAUAUCCUUGGUCUUAAAAGCAUGACAGGAGAGCAGAUCUCUGUGCCUAGUAGUCCCAAAAACGGUGAGGAUCAUUCUGUUGCUGACCAAAUUCCAAAGGUUAGUAACGGACACAAAUUGGGAACAAUGAUGGGAGUCUUUAUUCCAUGCUUGCAAAACAUUCUGGGAAUCAUCUACUACAUCCGAUUUUCUUGGAUUGUUGGCAUCGCUGGCAUAAGCCAAUCCCUAUUGUUGGUUACCUUAUGUGGCUUGUGUACUAUUCUGACUUCUGUAUCAUUGAGUGCAAUUGCAACUAAUGGUGCGAUGAAGGGUGGAGGACCUUACUACCUCAUAGGUCGUGCCUUGGGGCCUGAAGUUGGAGUGAGCAUAGGAUUAUGUUUCUUUCUAGGAAAUGCAGUUGCCGGUUCUAUGUAUGUCCUGGGAGCAGUGGAGACAUUUUUAAGUGCUGUCCCAAAGGCUGGCAUUUUUAGAGAGACUGUGAUACAAAUAAAUGAAGCGGGGGUUGAAGAACCAAUUACAACUCCGAGUGUACAUGACUUGCAAAUUUAUGGGGUUGUGGUUACAAUCAUUUUAGUUUUUAUAGUUUUUGGUGGUGUAAAAAUGAUUAACAAGGUCGCACCAGCCUUUCUUAUACCUGUAAUAUUCUCUCUCCUCUGCAUCUUCCUCGGGAUAUUUCUCGCACGCAGGGAUAACGAAACCGGAAUCACUGGGUUGAGUUCAGACUCUUUCAGAGAGAAUUGGGGUUCCUUUUACCAAAAAACAAACGAUGCUGGAAUACCUGAUCCUGAUGGUGAAAGAUACUGGAACUUCAAUGCAUUGGUAGGGCUUUUUUUCCCUGCUGUAACGGGAAUUAUGGCGGGGUCUAAUCGUUCAGCUUCAUUAAAAGACACACAGCGGGAGAAACUUUAUACAGACAGAUUACUGACAGCUACUAUUGCCUGGCCGUCUUCAACAAUCAUAUACGUAGGCAUUGUACUUUCAACUCUAGGUGCGGCCCUACAAAGCCUUACGGGGGCCCCACGCCUUCUUGCAGCAAUUGCAAAUGAUAACAUCUUACCUGUUCUUAACUACUUUAAGGUUCCGGAUACUGGUGAACCUCAUGUGGCAACCUUGUUUACAACACUACUGUGUAUUGGGUGUGUCAUAAUUGGGAAUUUGGACCUCAUCUCCCCAACCAUAACCAUGUUUUAUCUUCUGUGUUAUGCGGGUGUCAAUUUAUCAUGUUUUCUUCUUGAUCUCUUAGAUGCGCCUAGCUGGCGUCCUCGCUGGAAGUUUCAUCACUGGAGUGCAUCUUUAUUUGGAGCAUGUCUAUGUAUCGUAAUCAUGUUUCUGAUUUCUUGGUCAUUUACGGUGGUGUCCCUAGCUCUUGCUAGCGUAAUAUACUGGUAUGUCAGCAUUAAGGGAAAAGCCGGUGACUGGGGAGACGGUUUAAAGAGCGCUUAUUUUCAACUAGCUCUUCGUAGUCUUCGAUCUUUAGGAGCCAACAAUGUCCAUCCUAAAAACUGGUACCCGAUACCCCUAAUUUUCUGUCGACCAUGGGGUCAGCUACCGGAAAACGUACCUUGUCAUCCGAAGCUUGCUGAUUUUGCCAACUGUAUGAAGAAAAAAGGCAGGGGGAUGUCCAUAUUUGUGUCCAUUCUAGACGGGGACUACUAUGAGUGUGCCGAAAAUGCCAAAAGCGCCUGCAAGCAGCUUGCUGCGUACACCGACUACAGACAGUGUGAGGGUGUGGCGGAGAUAAUCGUGGCCCCGACCAUGGCCGACGGUUUCCGGGGGAUUGUGCAAACGAUGGGGCUUGGUAAUCUUAAGCCGAAUAUAGUGGUGAUUCGUUACCCUGAGUAUGGCGUCGGGAGAAUCUGA